AUCUGAUUGAUCAAAGAAGAGAUCGGAUUUUUCGCGGUUGUAUCGCCGAAUGGACGAGGUGAUGACAGCGGCGGACGCGGGUUCGUUAGGUGGCGGAAACAGGGCGUUGUACGGAUCUCCUCCGUCGCAAAAUCUGUUUCCUCAUAAUCUCCCAAUCUUCUCCGCUUUUCUUGCCUUCGCUCUUGCUCAGUUCCUCAAAGUUUUCACUAAUUGGUACAAAGAAAAGAGGUGGGACUCUAAACGGAUGAUUAGUUCUGGUGGAAUGCCUUCUUCGCAUUCCGCUACCGUCACUGCAUUAGCUGUUGCCAUUGGCCUUGAAGAAGGAGCAGGAGCACCAGCUUUCGCUAUCGCGGUUGUCUUAGCUUGCGUUGUUAUGUAUGAUGCCUCCGGUGUCAGACUUCAUGCUGGUCGUCAAGCCGAGCUGCUGAAUCAAAUUGUUUGUGAGUUUCCUCCGGAGCAUCCAUUAUCAACAGUUAGACCAUUGCGUGAACUGCUUGGCCACACUCCUAUCCAGGUUGCAGCAGGUGGGAUAUUAGGAUGCGUGAUUCCUAGAUGUAGAGUCCAUCUCAUAGACGAAUCCGAAGCCGUGGAGCUUGCUUCCGGUGAUUUCAAGCUCGUUAAGGUCUCAGACAACGGUGUGACUCUAGCUAUGAUUGUAAGAAUCGGACAUGACCUUCAGUGGCCAGUGAUUAGAGACGAGCCAGUGGUGAAACUUGACGCUCGUGAUUACCUCUUUACGCUUCCGGUUAAAGACGGUGAUCCACUUAGCUACGGUGUCACUUUCUCUGGCGAUGACAGAGACGUAGCCCUCGUUAACAAUGGAAUCGACUGGCAAGAGUUUGCGCCGAGGAUUGAAGACUAUAACAACGUUGUUGCUAAGGCUAUUGCUGGAGGAACAGGACAUAUCAUUAGAGGAAUCUUUAGUCUCAGUAAUGCUUACUCUAACCAGGUUCACAAGGGAGGUGAUAUAAUGAUUACAAAGGCUGAGGAGAGUCAGAGAAAUGGAGGUUACAAUAAUGGAAACUCCAGUGGCAAUGAGAAGAAAAAUGGAAUCAACAUAAACCUUCAACGAGUGAGGAAGCUGUCAAAGGCGACUGAGAAUCUGAGCAGGACGAUGUUGAAUGGUGCGGGAGUUGUGAGUGGCUCUGUGAUGGUCCCUGUGAUGAAGUCGAAACCGGGGAUGGCCUUCUUCUCCAUGGUUCCAGGGGAAGUCCUCUUGGCUUCACUUGAUGCCCUUAAUAAAAUACUAGAUGCAACUGAAGCCGCAGAGAGACAAACUCUAUCUGCUACAUCCAGGGCUGCUACCAGAAUGGUCAGUGAGAGGUUUGGAGAGAACGCAGGGGAGGCGACGGGAGACGUUCUAGCAACAGCGGGCCACGCGGCUGGAACUGCCUGGAAUGUUCUCAAGAUCCGCAAGACUUUCUAUCCUUCAUCUUCUCUUACAUCAGGGAUGGUCAAAAAUGCUCCAAGAAAGUGAUAUACUGUGGGUUAUAGUUUCAACUACUU